AUACCUCUCUUUUCCCUCUUCUCUCUUUCAUAUUUAUUGUGUGUGAAAUGAUAACAAAGCUUUUUUUUUAAUCAAUUUCCUUUACGUUGAUGUAUAACAUAUCCAUUUCUGCAGGCAAUCAUGAUUUGGAUGUGGUGAAUGUGUGUGGAACUGUGUGCACCUUCAAUUCAAGAGAGAGGUCUUUUUCUGAGAUAGCUUUGCUGUUUGGCCUGUUUUUGGGGUUGUUAAGAGGUGGCUCUUGUUUUUUUUAUCUACUAAUGGUGCUCUAGUUUGUAUUGUUUUUGCUCUGAAAGAUGAAAGGGUUUUUCCCCCUUCCAUUUUGCUCUCUUCUUGCUCUAUCUUUUGUUGCCAUUCUCUCUCUAAAAUGUGAAGCCACUUCUCUAAACUACACCAAAUACACACAACAAGUAAGCAGCUUGAGACUUGAGAGGAUUCAUAAGCAUUUGGAAAGCAUCAAUAAGUCCCCUCUCCUCACCAUUCAGAGCCCAGAUGGAGAUAUGAUUGAUUGUGUUCACAAAACAAAACAGCCAGCUUUGGAUCAUCCUCUUCUCAAGAAUCACAAAAUUCAGAAAACCCCGUCGGAAAUGCCAAAGGGGAUAAAAAUGGCGGAAACCGAACGAGUAAGAGGAAACAAUGGCAAUAGAAGUGUGUGGCAAAUGUGGCAUCAAAAGGGGCAGCGCUGCCCAAAGGGCACUGUGCCGAUACGAAGAAGCACGGCGCACGACGUGCUGAGGGCUAAAUCCCUCUACCAUUUCGGUAAAAAAUCGUCGAGAUACGCGGCGGCUGCGACGCUUAGCCGCCGCGCCGACGCUCCUGAUGUUGUUAGUGGCUAUGGCCACGAGCAUGCGAUAGCAUACACAACGGGAUCGGGAGAAGUUUACGGGGCAAAAGCGACAAUUAACGUGUGGGACCCAUCGAUAGAAGAGGUGAACGAGUUUAGCCUCUCCCAAGUUUGGGUUCUCUCCGGCUCCUUUGAUGGCUCCGAUCUCAAUAGUAUUGAAGCUGGUUGGCAGGUCAGUCCGGAGUUGUAUGGUGAUAGCAGGCCAAGACUCUUUACUUAUUGGACGAGCGAUUCAUAUCAAGCAACGGGAUGCUACAACCUCUUGUGCUCCGGAUUCAUACAAACAAACAGCCGGAUAGCCAUUGGAGCAGCCAUCUCACCGGUCUCAUCCACAGGCGGAAAUCAAUUCGACAUCACCAUUACCAUUUGGAAGGACCCUAAAUUGGGAAAUUGGUGGAUGAGCUUUGGUGAUAACACAUUAGUGGGCUACUGGCCCACUGAGCUAUUCACCCAUCUAACGGACCGGGCCACGAUUUACGUGGCAGCUCCUGAUUGGCCAACGGCAUUGGGGUAUUACCUCCAAGAAGAGCGGUCGGCAUGGAGCGACAAGAGCGAGCUCGACAUCAUCAAGCGCCACCUUGGCGACCUACCAAUCCUUGAACUUGAAACUAUUCAAGUACCUCUGUGCCUGGCAGGAGGGGGCACCCAUCAUGAAAAGUAUAGGUGGCGUAGUGAGCAUCCUGCAAUUUUUAAUUUGUAG